GAAAGCGACUGAGCGAGAGAGAGAGAGAGAGAGAGAGAGAGAGAGAAAGGAGGCAGCAAAGAAAGGGAGACAGAAGGCAAUGAGGAGAGAUGCUGAGUGGCCAUGAUCAGUAUAGCACUUUGUAUUUGAGAGGGUUUCCUUCCACUGGAAAGUUUACAGCUUUAAACUACAAGAGUGUUUUUGUUAUACUGGUGGUGAAAAGGCAAAUAUCAAGGUGACAGCCACCUGAUUGCAAGGCUUAUAAUGAGCUCUGCUCUUGUGUCCUGGGAUCCUGAUAUCGAAGUAGAACAGUCUUUAAAUUCAAAUGUUGGCGUCUCUCGAGCUUUUUUACACAGCUUGCGAACACUUUUUGACAUUCUGGAUGAUAGGAAAAGAGGAAUGGUACACAUUUCAGAAAUCGAGUCUCGUUGGAGGGUUCAACCAGAGCAGGAGGGGCACCAAGAAGCAGAUCAAGGCAGGGAGGAUUAUGUUCCUGAGGGAGUGAUCCUUGCACUUCGGCAGGUAGCUACACCCUGCACUGGCUUUCUCACUUUCCCCAGGUUUGUGACUGGACUAAGGAUAGCACUCCUCAGGGACUCUGAACAGCACAGUGAGGACAGCUUGUGCAAGUCACCAGAGAAAGUGUCAGUUGAGCAGCAGAGUACACGAGAAGGCUCUGAAAACAUCAAGCCACCUACUGAUUCUGGAUUGGAAAGGACGAGCAAGACUCAGUAUGGGCAAAAUGAGGGGAAAGGGAUUACCCGAUCUCUGAGCAUUAAUUCAUCCCUUACUCAGGCAGAAGGUCGCAGGAAUGUCCACUGCCGAAACAAACCAAGGCGGCACACUAUAACCAAUGGACUUGAUUAUGACCUGCUGAAGCGAAUGAAGGAACUAGAGCAGGAAAGAGACAUUCUGCACCAUGGUCUGCAGAUGGUAGAACAAACUCGGGAAUGGUACCACCAACAAAUCCUUGAUGUCCAGGAGAAGCAGAGGCACAUUGGCCAAGACAUGGCAAACAAUGAUUAUUUUUCUGAUCUACACAACAACCGUGGUUGCUUACUGUUGGCUAAAAUUCAGGAAGCAAAUUUUUACCUCAGUGGUCUCAUUUCCUCUACAGGAAAGACAACUUCAUCUUCACCUUCAUACUCCUCCUCCUCCUCCUCCUCUUCCUGCUAUUACUCCCCAGUGCACAGAAUGCCUUCUGCGCGUACAUUGUCAUGUAACAGCCCUGAUUUCCAACAGCAGGCCUGGAAUGUGCUUAAGGAGCAAAACCGUCUACUAUCAAAGGAAGUGUCAGACAAAAGUGAGCAAAUCACCCAGCUUGAGCAGGAGAGAGAUGCAUUAUACCAACAGCUGAAGGAAGUCCAUGUUCAGAGAAAGCUGGCAACCUAUAGGCACAAGGAGUCAGCAUUCAUCUGAUAACUUCCCUCAUCAGUGACUCUGCCAUGUGUGACUACAGUGUAAACCACAUAACAUGCUAGCCCUCCAGUUUGUUACCAAAUUUCUUACAUGUUGUUUCAGAACAGUUUCAUCGCCAACAGAUUCAUUGACCAGAUACAAAUGGUCACCAGCUAACAACAGUGUCUAUUAUUUAAUUGGUGACUUCAUUCAGAAGUCAUUGUAAAGGGGAAUGUUGUUUUUAUGCCUGCAAGAUACAGACUGGAACUUGCACUACCUCCUUAUGUACAAAAACAGCAGGAAACUAUUCACAUUUUUCAUUACUGUUCUCCUUAGAUAUGUAUGUUUUCAAGUCAUUGUUAGAUCUAUAGUUUUAAACUCUAGUAUAACCCCCUGCCUGCCCCACUUUCCAUAUUUCAACUUGUGAGUAAUGCAGGGCACUUGCUAUGCAUGUGACCUUUAAUUAAGUUUUACUUCCUGUGAUGUCAGCAUGUUUGGCUUGUUUAACAUUACUGUGCUCUUUAACAACAGUUAACUGGAGAAGGUUUCAGUUUGGAGAUUUAAAUUAGUUUAUGCUGAGCCCAUCAAUCCCACUUUUCCAAUGAAAAUCACUAUUGGUGUGAUUUCUGUUAACACCAGGAGUGAUUCAGCAUAUGUGGUCAUUAUGCCACGGUUGUGCAACCAUGGAUUUGAUACGUUUAAGGAGUGAGUUGUGAGGAUGUGAAGUCCCCAGAUGGGCAUGCAUGAGGCCUUUCCCUGCAAAAAAUUGCUUUUCCAUGAGGGUUUGACAAGUUGAGGGUUUGACCAUUUUUAUUGUCAUUGAGUUGAACCUUCAUCUAGUUGACACUGUUGGAAAACUAAGGAAAGCUAUUUGAAUGUCACCACUGGUACAGAAGCCUUUUCUCCUUAUAACCCAUCCCCAUCAUUCAUUGAUUGCUGAAGCAAGUCAUCCGUUCAUUGAACUACUAUUUUCAAAAAAUAAUUAGCUGUUUAGCUCCCCUUGUAACUUCUUCUUCUACAUAUUAUUAUUAUUUUUAAAGUAGCUUGGUUUAUGACUUCCAGUGAAUGAGAGGGUGAAAACAGAUUAUGCAUGUCUGGAUGGUAGCGCUGUCCUUCGUUUGAUGCAAUAGUGUAGCAGAUUAACGAACUACUUAUGAAGGUCAACAUUAUCCACCAAUGAGUGUACAGAUUAGAUGUUACUCACUUUAUCAAGCCAUUUCAUUUGUUUCUGUUACUAUUCUGUGCUGAUUCACUCAUCUUGGGAAGCCAGAAGCCAUAUUAAAAAUCAUCAUCCUGGGGCAGGAGGACAGGACACAGAUAUUGUCAACCAUCAAACAACUGCAGUCUUCAUGCCUCACUUGGAUUUUCUUUAUGUGAUGCAGCUGAUAACACUGUGCCAUCUAACAUCUUUUUAGGAUUGAGAGUAGAGUAAUGGCCCCAAUCCAUGACUCAGGAAGGACCGCUUUCCUCUCAAAACCCAGCAUGUAAUAGAGUUUAAAGUGAUGUGUGUUUGGUACUCAGUGCAUCAAAAAGGAUAAUACUUCUGGUUGUUGGUACUGAUUUUUGUAUGUUUCAUUUUGAAAGAAUUGUUAAAGUAUUAAAAAAAUAAAUGUCAUAGCCAGUUAAAUAAUGUUGACAGAUUUCUUUGUACCUAAAAUGUGAAAUGAACAAGGCUUGCUUCUCUGAAUGGAAUGGACAAUAACUUAAUCUACAUGCCAGCUGUUAAUUCUUUCAUUUCUGUGUUUUCUAGCUGUACCUUGUGCAAAGUUACUACGGUCAUAUGACUAUAUAGAACCUUGAGCAAAGUUACUACGGUCAUAUGACUAUAUAGAACCUUGAGCAAAGUUACUACGGUCAUAUGACUAUAUAGAACCUUGAGCAAAGUUACUACGGUCAUAUGACUAUAUAGAACCUUGAGCAAAGUUACUACGGUCAUAUGACUAUAUAGAACCUUGAGCAAAGUUACUACGGUCAUAUGACUAUAUAGAACCUUGAGCAAAGUUACUAUAGUCAUAUGACUAUAUAGAACCUUGAGCAAAGUUACUACAGUCAUAUGACUAUAUAGAACCUUGAGCAAAGUUACUACGGUCAUAUGACUAUAUAGAAACUUGAGCAAAGUUACUAUAGUCAUAUGACUAUAUAGAACCUUGAGCAAAGUUACUAUGGUCAUAUGACUAUAUAGAACCUUGAGCAAAGUUACUACGGUCAUAUGACUAUAUAGAACCUUGAGCAAAGUUACUAUGGUCAUAUGACUAUAUAGAACCUUGAGCAAAGUUACUACAGUCAUAUGACUAUAUAGAACCUUGAGCAAAGUUACUACGGUCAUAUGACUAUAUAGAACCUUGAGCAAAGUUACUAUAGUCAUAUGACUAUAUAGAACCUUGAGCAAAGUUACUACGGUCAUAUGACUAUAUAGACUACUGAUUUAUAAAGGCAGGUUUUGAGUAGAACUUUGUCAGUGGAGAACAUUGUUUGAUAGAAACGAAAAGUCUGCUUAAUUGAUAGAACUCUUCUUUGUUAAAGAUUUUCUUUGAUAUGUAUCUGAGGUGGGGUUAUACUGAAAGAAUUCUGACUGCAAUUAGCUGUAACCCCCUAGGCCUCAGCAACCUGCAUGCUGUGUUGUCCCAGGUAAGUCGUAUGAAAUCACAUAAGAAUGCCAAACAUUACAUUGGCUGUUUUCUAAAGUCAAUUUGUUAACAUUAUUUCUUUGAAAAGAAACAAUAUGUCGCAGUCACGUUUUUUAGUUCAUUGGUAUUCUCAUACAUUUCAAAACAAAUGUAAUAUCAAUUUUUCUUACUGGGUAAAGAAAUGUUAGGCUAGGAAGCAAAAGUCAGCUUGUAUUAAGAAUCUGAAUGCUACAUUUUAGAUCUAUAUUUUAAUGUCAUUUCACUUUAACGACAAAUUCAAAACUACAUUUUUAACUAUUUAAAUUUGUAUUUUGCUGGACGAGGACUGUAUUUUAUUUUGUGCUUUUGAAUGACAAAAAAUGGUUUAUUUAUUAGUGUGUAUGUGUGUGUGUGACGUGUUUGGUAUUGACCUCUCUUGUUAUCAUCACCAAAAAGUGUAAAAUUACUGACUGUAAACAUAUGUGAAUAAACUGAACAUAAACAUAUGAGUAAUCUCUGACCUGUGGAAAAAAAUAAAGAAAUCUAAUGAUGAUAUGCAAGUGUUUUGUAUGUGUUAGUUGUCCUAAAUGUAUGUAUUUUAUUAACUAAUAUAUGAAAUGGAAUGCCAGAAAUCUAAUAAAAUCUUUUCUGUUCUA